AUGGAAAUCGAGGCGGAUCGGCGCCGCAAGAUGGGAGAGGCGAUGCGGCAGCAGUAUUACGUCGUACGCGAGGAGACGAGCGAGGUGCGCAAGGGCCGUGUGAUUGGCAUCGACCUCGGCACCACCAAUAGUUGUAUCGCGUACAUCGAUGACAAGACGAAGAAACCCAAGAUUAUCCCCUCACCGACCGGAUCGUGGGUUUUUCCGACCGCCGUGACCUUUGAUAAGAACCAUCAGGUGCGUAUGUUUGCCGAGGAAGCGAGGGCGUGUGUACGGGCGAGCGCCAGCGCGACGCUUUGCAGUGGCAAGCGGCUUAUUGGGCGCAGCUUUGGGGAGCUGGGGCGGGUGCGCGCGGAGAUGAACAAGACCAACAUUCUUGCCACGAGUGAGAAAGGGGAUAUCACGAUCGAGAUUAUGGGUCGCUCGUAUACCGUGGUGCACAUCAUCGCGAUGUUCUUGCGGUAUCUCAAAAAUGAGGCCGAGAAAUACUUGAAGGAGCCGGUGAACAUCGCCGUGGUCAGCGUUCCUGCCUAUUUCACGCCCCAACAGAAAGUCGCGACGGAGGACGCGGCCCUCUGCGCUGGCUUCGAUGUAUUGGAAAUCAUUGAUGAGCCCUCGGCCGCCUGCUUGACGCAUACCGUACUAAGCCAGAUGCGUGAGGAGCCCGACGCGUCGCCGGAGCGAUCGGCCAAGCGGUAUCAAUAUUCCUUCGUGUUCGACCUUGGUGGGGGGACGCUGGACUGUGCGAUUAUGGAGCACGACACGUACCGAAAGAGAUUCACGCUUCUGGCUACCCAUGGGGAUCCAAUGCUUGGCGGCAACGACUGGGAUGACGCCAUUUCCCAACAUUUCGCGCAGAUGUUCGAGAAGAAAUGGCGGGUCUCCAUCGAGGUGGAAGGGGGUAAUGUGGGGCAGGAGGUGUCCACCUAUCGCCACCUCCUCCUCGAGGCGGAGAAGGCCAAGGUGCACUUCUCCCACUCGGAGGAGACGUACUACGGCUACAACCGCGCCUUUCAUUUCUCCGAACAACUGCGGGAUAUCCUCCCAUUGGAGGCGACCUUAACACACGCCGAGUACGUCGCCCUGACGCGCCCUCUGCGGGAGCGCUGCCUGAAUUGUGUGAACAAACUCUUCGAGCACACGCGGCUUAAACCGGAGGAUAUCGAUAGGAUCCUCUUGGUCGGCGCCAUGACGCGCGACCCCCCGAUUCGCCACAUGUUAACGGAAUACCUCGGCCGCCCGAUCGCGAAGGAGGAGACGUGCCCGGCGGACUACGCCGUCGCCAUCGGCGCCAGCAUCCGUGCGGGGAUGUUGCAGGGCUCCUUCCCCGAGCUUACCGCGAACACGCGCUUCGUAUCCGGUACGGUGCAGUCGCUACGUCAGGGAAGUUUCCUUCGACGCAUGUGGGGUCGCUUCCGGUACUGGACGAGUUCGGUGAAUCCGAAUGCCAUCGGGCAGCGCUGGCGCGGUCGCGCCAGGGGAUUGACCGACGAGGAAAUUGAAAUCUACGCGAAGGAAUUGGUUGAGUUUGAGGCCGCGUGCAACCGCCGCUUGCUGUUGGAGCGGGCUGAAGACGAGGCGAAUACCGUGAUGCGGCGCGUUUCCGCGGAUUCCAACCGAAGGCAAGGGAUGCAGGAACGACGCAUCGUCCAGCUCACGGAGCAGCUCAAAUUUUGGCAAUAUAUGGUGCAUAACUUUCACGACCAUGAGGAGGAGCUUCAACGGACCGUGGAUGAGCUUCGUGCGGCCUUGGACGAACUGGAGGGUAACGCAGUUGACAACGUGAAUGGCAUCACCGAGGCCGGUACCAUUGAUUUCACGAAAAUCCUCAAUAAAACCCUGAGGACGAGCCAUACCGGCGAGAAGAGCGACCAGAAAUCCCCUCCUGCGGACUCCUCUUCGACAUCCCACCUCGCCAAGGACGACGAGGGGGAUUCUCGACCGGCGGCAAUGCCGGAUGUGGGAGCACCCCCUACGGGCUCUUCGGCCGCUUCUCCUGCGGAGAAUUCCCCGUCGGAUUCCCCGCUAGACUCCAAAGCUCCUCCGCCAAAGCUCGUGCGAUGCACCGUUCCCUUGCCGAAGUCGAGCACGGCGGCUGCGGAGCUGGUGGAGGCCGGCCACCCCGUCCUCGUCCACGCACCGGAUAAUGUUCGCAUAACGGAGGCCACGCGGGCGUCGUUUUUGGAAAAUCUCGUGGAGGAGCGCGCGUGGCGGGAGCCCCCACGACCCCCAGGUGAGGAGGGCUCUUGGGUGGAUGUGAAGAACGCGUUGGAUGCGGGUGAGGUUGUCGGGGCGCCGGCCCCAAUUGAGGAACCAUCACGCCCCAUUUCGCUGAAUGAAAUGCUCGAGAAGCUGAAGCAAAUUCAGCCUAUUGACGACCCCCCAUCCGAGGAGCAUGCCCGCGCACGCGAUCAUGCCGUUAGUUUACAGACGAUCACCAUUUUGAAGGGUGAGGUCAGCAUCGAUGAGGUGGAGGACCGAAUCAUAGGGGAGCAGCGCCAGAUGAAGAAGAUGCAAGAAGGGCAGUGGACAAAUAGGGAUCUAAAGGCCGAUGUUUCAGCUUGUCUAGAUUCGUAG